AUGUUUCUAUCAGAGCAAACAAAUUGGAUAGUCCAGAAAUUCGGUGGUACCAGUGUAGGAAAAUUUCCUGAUAAAAUUGUAGAUGAUAUUAUUAAAAAUUAUUCACAAUCUCAAGGUAAAAACGUCUCUGUCGUUUGUUCUGCUAGAUCAACCUACACAAAGGCAGAAGGUACAACUUCUAGAUUAUUAAAAUGUUGUGAACUGGCGUCUCAAGAAAAUGAUUACAAUUCCAUUGUAGAAAUUAUUAGACAAGAUCAUGUAGCAAAUGCUGAAAAUUUCAUUAUAAAUCCAGUCUUACAAACUCAAUUGGUCACUGACACAAAUAAAGAAUUAGAUAUGGUCGUCAAAUAUUUAGAUGCUUCCAAGAUCUUGGGAGAAGUUUCAAUUAGAACAAUGGAUCUUGUCAUGUCAGUUGGUGAAAAAUUAAGCUGUCUAUUCAUGGCCGCCUUAUGUAAUGAUAGAGGUGUUAAGGCAAAAUAUGUAGAUUUAUCUCAUAUUAUCCCAUCAGAUUAUACAAUUCAAGCUGAAAAUGUUCUAGAUAAUACAUUUUAUUCAUUUUUAGUCACGGCUUUAAAAGAUGAAUUAAAACCAUUUGUAGAAUCUAAAGAAAAAAUCGUUCCAAUCUUUACUGGGUUUUUCGGUUUAAUUCCAAUGGGUCUUUUAAACGGUGUAGGUCGUGGGUAUACAGAUUUAUGUGCAGCUUUAAUUGCUGUAGCAUUAAAUGCUGAUGAAUUACAAGUAUGGAAAGAAGUCGAUGGGAUCUUUACUGCGGAUCCAAGAAAAGUGAAAACCGCUAGGUUAUUAGAUUCUGUUACUCCAGAAGAAGCUGCAGAAUUGACUUAUUACGGUUCAGAAGUCAUUCAUCCUUUCACCAUGGAACAAGUCAUUAGAGCCAAGAUCCCAAUUAGAAUUAAAAACGUUCAAAAUCCAACAGGUAAUGGUACUAUGAUUUAUCCAGAUAAUAUAGCAAGAAAGGGUGAAAAUACUCCUCCACAUCCUCCUGAAGUUUUCACUCCUUCAUUCUAUGAAAGGAAAAGAAGAGGUGCUACUGCUAUCACUACAAAACAUGAUAUUGUAGUUAUUAAUAUUCAUUCCAAUAAAAAAACUUUAUCUCACGGGUUUUUGGCCCAAAUCUUUACCAUAUUAGAUAAAUUCAAAUUAGUCGUUGAUUUAAUCUCUACAAGUGAAGUUCAUGUUUCAAUGGCUUUACCUAUCCCAGAUAAUGAUUCAAAUAAAUCAUUAAAAUUGGCUGUAACAGAUUUGAAAAGAUUAGGUCAGGUUGAUAUCAUUAGAGAUAUGGCCAUUGUAUCCUUAGUUGGUAAACAAAUGAAACAAUUCAUUGGUAUUGCUGGGACCAUGUUUACCACAUUGGCGGAACAAAAUAUUAAUAUUGAAAUGAUUUCUCAAGGUGCCAACGAAAUUAAUAUUUCUUGUGUUAUUGCUGAAAGUGAUUCUUUAAAGGCAUUGCAAUCAAUCCAUUUGAAUCUAUUAGAUCCUUUAAGAAAAGAAAAAUCUUUUUCAGUAGCAGUUGAUGAAAGGUUAGAACAAUUGAAAAGAAUGGAACUGUAA